GGGAGGUAUAAAACAUUCUUAAAAAGCAGAACAUCUUAACUUCCUUCGAGCAGAGUGAGUGCGACAUCAACCACUGAAGCUCUUUAACCAACCAUGGAUGACUAUAUACCUGUGACAUAUGGAGACUAUAACUUUAGUGACUUAGGUGACUUAAAUAACAUAUUUGAAGAACUUCCUGGAACUUUAACCCCUGAGAUUCAGCCAAUCCAGAUUGCGGCUCUGGUCUUCUACAGCAUUGUGGUGCUGCUGGGCGUCCCUGGAAAUGCUCUGGUGGUGUGGGUGACGGGGUUCUGCAUGCCUCGCUCUGUCACCUCCCUCUGGUUCCUCAACCUAGCGCUGGCUGAUCUCCUGUGCUGCCUCUCCAUUCCUCUGCUCAUGGUCCCUCUGGCCCAUGAUGACCACUGGCACUUCGGUCCGUUGGGCUGCACUCUGGUCAGAAGCUUGUUUUACCUGGUGAUGUACUGCAGCAUCCUGCAGCUGGUUCUGAUCAGUGUGGAUCGCUGGCUGCUGGUCAGCAGACCCAUCUGGUGUCAGAACAAGAGGCGACCUAAGCAGGCGGUGUUUGGUUGUGUCGCCAUCUGGUGCUUGGCCCUCAUAGGCAGCAUUCCCCAGUUUGUCUACACCAAGGAGAUCAAAGCAGGGGAAGACAAGCGAGAGUGCGUCACUGUGUACUCUAAACAAAGUGCCUGGAUCGUCACCUCCUACCGCUUCCUGGUGGGAUUCUUCCUCCCCUUCCUGGUGAUCGUCGGCUGUCACUUAGUCGUGUACAGCAAAGCAGAGAGUGGUCUCUCAAGAGGCCGAGCCCGCUCCAAGCGCACGCUGAGGGUCAUCGUCGCGGUGGUUCUGAGCUUCUUCCUGUGCUGGCUUCCUUUGCACAUCUUGGACUUCCUCGUUCUGCUUACCCCUCGGAAUUCUCCUCACAGUCCCAAAAUAUACCUGGCACACAUUUUAGCACUGUGUCUGGCUUAUUUCAACAGCUGUCUCAACCCGCUGCUGUAUGUGUGUCUGGGCCGGGGCUUCAAAGACAGCAUGAGCCGCUCCCUGCGCAACGUUCUCCACUUCAUCAGCGAGGAUCCCAACAACAAAGUGAGCAUCACCAACAAUGAUACUAAGAGCACCAGUAAUCUAAAGGAGAUGACUAAAAUCUGAAAAUGUACCACCUCUAAUAUGCUGUAUUAUACUUUUUUUUAUUGUGAGUGAACUCUGCUUCACAAACUGCACUGGACGGGGGUUUCACCAUUACCUUUCAUAGACUUUAACAAAGUGUCAUUGACAAACAAUUUAUUCUAAAGUGACAUUCAUUUGAAUCUGAGUUUUUCUUCACUGAGGCAUUGCUGUGUUUGUGAAGAUGUCUUUAGAGAACUGAGUCUGUAAAUCAGGACUAUUGGUAAAUGUGCAAAAGCCCAUUUCCAUUUCCUUUGAACAUCCAGAUAUGCACAAGGAUGAUCUCACACUGGGUAGUUCUGUAUUACUGCAAGAGAAGGUCUCACUUUUACUUAAUGUGUGUUGUUAGGGAAGUUAGGGAAUUAGUUAUCUAUUUUAUUUUGUAUACAAUGAACGAAGAAUAAAAACAAUCACAUGUAACAAACAUAGGCCUAUUUGAUUUCCUCAUCUAAAGAUUACUAGAAAUAAGUAUUUACAGUCACAUCCUCUUGUGUAACAGUGCUAGGCAUCGUCCACAAGAGGGAGUGACAGUCAACAACAGAUCUACAUUCUGAUGCUAAAUGACAUGAUGGUGAGAUCACAGUCUGUGAGAUCCACUGACAGCUUACCGUACUUUCCUAAUUGGCGUGGCAACACCUCAGCCCCACUCAAACGGGUUUUAUUUGACUUCGUCCAUAAAAAAUGAAUCAUCUGAUUAUCUACAUACUGUACACUUAUGCAUUAUAACUUGAAUGCAAACAAAACCAAGCUAAAUGUUCAGUCCACGCUACACUCCAGUGAAAAACUGUGAGCCUCCCGAGGUAGAUUACAACUUCCUCUACUUCUACCUUCACCAUGCAUACACCAUUGUGAGUAUGCCACCUACUGUGACAACAAGGAAUUACAACACAGAACAUACAUAAACAGAAAUGACACGCCCACUAUGUCAUAGCCCACCUUAAAGACAGUAGAUAAGAUUGUAGAACAUGUGAAACUUUGAAUAAGAGGUUUAGUGAUGUGUUUAAAUAAAACACCACACAUGUCUGAAGGUCUAUGAAAUAUAAUCUCAUCAUCAUGUUUUACCACUUGCCUGAACAUGUUUAUUUGAAAUAAUGUUUUUGAUUUUUUUAUAUCAGCAUUUUUUAUGUUUAUGAAGAAACUAAGUAAUAAAAAAUGAUUAAUGAGAAGUAGAAUGAA